UGCGGAUUAUAUUGGUCUAAUUCAUUAUCUACCAAGAAAAAAACACUAUUAAAAAGAGCGAGGUUAGCGAACACUUAGCACACAUCAGGCGUAUCAAAUAACUUGUAUCCACGAGCGCUUCAUUUACGAGUACGCUCGCAGUUGUUGAAAAUGGCUACGGGACUUACACACUGGGUGGAUAUACUUACAACUGUGCUUUAUUUUGUCUUUGUUUUAGCUGUUGGGCUUUGGUCGAUAUGGCGGAGAAAGAAGGGGAACGUGGAAGGAUACUUUCUUGCUGGGAGAGCUAUGCCGUGGUUUGCUGUAGGGGCUUCUAUAUUUGGCAGUAACAUAGGCAGCGAGCAUUUUAUUGGUCUAGCUGGAUCAGGGGCGGCCGCUGGAAUUGUCUUUGUUCUAUUUGAAUGGAUUCCUGCGUUGCUCAUUCAAGUGCUCUCCUGGUUUUUUCUACCUGUAUUCAUCUCUGCUGGGGUAUACACAUUACCGGAGUAUAUGCAGAAGCGAUUUGGCCGGGAACGGUUAAGGAUAUACCUAAGUGUUCUUGCCCUCUUCCUUCAUAUUGUCAGCCGUCUGUCGGCAACAAUAUUUUCUGGCGCAGUAUACGUUCAGCUGGCACUCGGCUGGAACAUGUACCCAUCAAUUAUUGGACUUCUCUUCAUAACAGGAAUAUUUACAAUUCUUGGAGGUCUAACAGCCGUCAUGUAUACAGACACGGCCCAGUCCGUGAUCAUGGUGAUUGGGGCAUUCGUGGUAAUGGGCAUUAGUCUUGACAAAAUUGGUGGCUAUGAGAAUUUAGAGACUGCUUAUGGAACAGCUGUUCCCGCGGUUCUUAUUCCAAAUUCUACAUGUGGAAUGCCUAGAGAGGACGCGUUUCACGUGCUUCGUGGAGUAGGAGCGGAUUACCCUUGGCCUUCGAUGAUUUUACAGUGCGGAGUAGCUUCUGCAUGGUACUGGAUAUGCGAUCAGAUAAUGGUGCAGAGAUGUCUCGCUGCCAAAAACAUAAGUCAUGCAAAAGGUGGAACACUGCUGGGAGGUUAUCUGAAAAUUCUGCCUCUUUUUAUCAUGAUGAUUCCUGGCAUGAUUAGCAGAUCUUUGUAUCCAGAUGAAGUUGCAUGUGCAGAUCCGGAAGUAUGUAAGAAAGUGUGUGAUAACGCAGCAGGGUGCUCGAAUAUCGCUUAUCCCAAGCUAGUCAUGGAAAUCUUGCCAAAAGGUGCACGUGGGCUUAUCAUGGCGGUGAUGUUGUCAGCCAUUGUGACGUCACUGACUUCCAUAUUUAACAGCUCAAGCACAGUUUUUACUAUGGAUAUAUGGCGACGAUUCCGACCCAAAGCUCACCAAAGAGAAUUGUUACUUGUAGGAAGAGCUUACAUCAUUGUCCUAUGCAUACUCACCAUAUUAUGGAUUCCAGUGGUGAAGGCUGCUCAAGGGGGACAACUCUUCAGUUACAUUGUUGUUGUCGAGGGUUUCAUUACGGCUCCUCUGCCGAUAUUGUUUUGCCUCACGGUGUUCUGGAAUAGAACAACAGAACAGGGUGCCUUUUACGGAAUCGUGAUCGCGAAUGCAUUCGGGCUGAUACGGCUAAUACUGGAGGUAGUUUAUCCAGUACCUAACUGUGGGGAAGUGGACACAAGACCUGAUUUUCUGUCCAAAGUGCACAGCUUUUACUACUCGGAGAUGAUAAUGCUUCUGCAGUUCGUGCUGACAGUUGUAAUUAGCCUGUGUACUAAACCUAGGUCUGAAGAGGAGAUUCGUGGAACAACAUGGUCGACCCGUAUACGUACUAACGAAUGUGUUGAGGACAUGAAGGCUACAUUUCAUAAACAGAUAGAUGCAGAGAUAAACAUAGAACUUGAUGUCACUAAAGAAUCUGAAAUGACCCUCAUUGAAGGACAAGUUGAUGACAUGCCAGCAUUCGAUAGUCCACAAAAGAUCAGUCUUUGCUCAAGCCUCUAUCAACAUAUGUGUGGUUUAUCAGCAGACAACAAAAGAGCAAUUGAAAUCAGUGUUCAGGAUAGAAAAAUCUUUCUCAAGGAAACUUCAAAAAUAGUUAAAUCAGUUAACAAUUCACUGGCAAUACUUUUGGUUGCAACUAUGUCUUUUUUGAUUGGCUAUUAUAAAUGAAAUGUUGCUUUUCAUUAUCGAUUUUCAGUUUGGCAAUGGCGUUAAAACGAGAAAACGUGUCUUAUGUUUGUCAUUUUGGUGAAAAAAAUGUCUGUUCUGCUGGCAUAAAAUGCAAAUUGACCGCUUACUCUAACUAAAUAUUUGAUUUAACCUUUACCUCGCUAAAUUUCUAAAAUGGACUUGUCCAUCAUUCAAUUUGGGCAACACCGUUUAUUAUUCAAAUGGGUGUUUACUGAAAUUUACUGACUGAAUAGCGAACAGUGCAGAUCGUGAUCAGACUGCACGGAUGUGCAGGCUGAUCAUGAUCUACUCUGGUCGCAAAGGUAGAAUCAUUCGUGCCCAGCAUGGUAAGGGUUAAUUGAGUAGCAAAGGAACAGUCCUUACCUCGAAGAAUGGGAAAGCGACUGAUGCCCGUAUUUACAUGUGGGACAUUACCGUCAAUGCUUGAAAUAUUGGGUUGUUGGUUAUAUACAAUUACGUUUUCUCCAGAAAUAUAACAGGAGCGGUUUGUAAAGCACGUAUGCCCCAAUGAAGGUCUGUCCCAUUUUCAGUCCCGAGAUCACUAUGACAUUGGCCUUUUUUCCUACUGACCCAAGUACAAAAGCAGUCAUUGAUUUACCAAAUGAGAUUAUCCUUGAGGUUUGACUGCUGUAUGCUAAAGCGUUCUUUAGGUAUUCGAGCGGAACUCGUUUUCAGUCCAGACGUCUCUAUGGCCUUGACCUUAGACAUACAGACUCCCAAAUCAAGAGGGGUUAUCUACUGACCACAAACAUGUGAAAUUUAUCCAACUAUAGACCGACGAGGCAUUCUUUACUGAGCUUAAACUGUUUUAGUGACCUUGACCUCUAACUUAAUUCCUCAAAACACUAGGACAAGCUAUCAUCAUUUUAAGUUUUACGACUUUAGGCUAAAGCGUUUCUUAGUUUUUGAGAGGAAACCAUUUUCAGUCAUAUGACCGACAGACCGACCGGCAACGCACGAGCAAAACAAUAUACCCACUCUUGUUGGGUAGAUGGGGGCAUAAAAAUGGGAAUCUCAAAAUCUCAAGUUUAAAAGAUUUACUUGUACAAAUUUCCGACGAGGCUUACUCGACAACAACUGACUUUUUCAGCAUUAAUUUCUUUUUGAUAUAAUUCCCGACUGUUUUGACCUUGAUUGUACAUCGAUACUUCUGCAAUGCUUCUUUUUAGAUUACACAUUGUUUGUUCUUUAAAGCUUUUGUUCCAUGCAUUCGUCAUCAAUAAAAAGAAUAAAGAUGGA